AUGGUUGCAAUCAAGCAGGCUUCUUUGCUCUCCACCCUCCCUCUUCUCCUGGCUGUUUCCAGCCAGGCCCUUGCCUCUCAAGAGUCAGGAGACCUUGUCUCCCGAAACGAAGGCGCCGUCUAUGAGCGCGCCUAUGACGAGGAGCUUUACGAGCGCGACUUCGAUGAUGAGCUUUAUGAGCGUGACUUCGACGAAGAACUCGAUGAGCGUGACUUCGAUGAUGAGCUCGACGAGCGUGACUUCGACGAAGAACUCGAUGAACGUGACUUCGAUGACGAGCUCUAUGAGCGCGAUGAAGAGGAUCUCUUCGAGCGUGACGAGUAUGAUCUCUAUUUGGAGCCCCGAGGCGGCAUGCUUUCCAAGCCUAAGAAGGAGAAGCCCAAGAUCAGCAAGCCUACCCUUACGGGCGGUACCAAUCCCGUUGCUAUGAAAGACAAAGACCUCAAGUCUAGCAAGAACCGUCACUCUUCCACAUCAAUGGAGGUGCCCAUCAAGCUCGUCACCUCUCGGCCACGUUCUUUGUAUGCUCGAGGCGGCAUCCUUUCUAAGCCUAAGAAGGAGAAGCCUAAGAUCAGCAAGCCUACCCUUACGGGUGGCACCAACCCCGUGGCAAUGAAGGACAAGGAUCUUAAGUCCAGCAAGAACCGUCACUCCUCCACAUCCAUGGAGGUCCCCAUCAAGCUGGUUACCUCCCGCCCACGCUCUCUGUGGGUCCGAGGCGGUAUGCUUUCCAAGCCCAAGAAGGCAGAGAAGCCCAAGAUCAGCAAGCCUACCCUCACGGGCGGUACAAACCCUGUCGCGAUGAAGGACAAGGACCUCAAGUCCAGCAAGAACCGCCACUCGUCUACAUCCAUGGAGGUCCCCAUUAAAUUGGUUACCUCUCGCCCGCGUGCUGUUCUACAGCGUCGGGGCGGCGUUCUGUCCAAGCCUAAGAAGGCGGAGAAGCCCAAGAUCAGCAAGCCCACCCUUAAGCACGGCACCAACCCCGUUGCGAUGAAGGAUAAGGACCUCAAGUCUAGCAACCGCCACUCUUCCGGAUCGAUGGAGGUGCCCAUCAAGCUGGUUACCUCUCGCCCGCGUUCUCUGCAGGCUCGAGGCGGAGUUCUCUCCAAGCCCAAGAAGGCGGAAAAGCCUAAGAUCAGCAAGCCUACCCUCCAGGGGGGCACCAACCCAGUUGCGAUGAAGGACAAGGACCUCAAGACCAGCAACCGUCACUCUGCCACAUCGAUGGAGGUCCCCAUCAAGCUUGUCAAGUCUCGUCACUAA